AUGACGAGUCUUCGGCCGGUCGUACUCAGUGGCCCCUCUGGGGCCGGCAAAAGUACUCUUCUUAAGAUGCUCAUGGAAAACUUCCCACAAAGCUUCGCCUUUAGUGUCUCACAUACCUCUCGCAAACCCAGACCGGGUGAAGUUCAUGGCAGAGAAUAUAACUUUGUUUCGGAAGAAGAAAUGUUGAAUGACAUUGCCGACGGCAAGUUCUUAGAGUACUCUCAGUUUGCAGGCAACUACUACGGAACCCCUCGUGAGGCGGUAACUUCUGUUCUCGAAAGCGGUCGGAUUUGCAUUUUGGAUGUGGAUGCCAACGGCGUUCGCAGCAUUUACGAGGCUCGGCCACCGUUGAACGCCCGCUUCAUUUUCGUUGGUCCACCGUCGAUAGAGGUGCUGGAAUGUCGGCUGCGUAAUCGAGGCACAGAGACAGAGGAGAAGAUCCUUUCCCGUCUUCAACAAGCCAAGGUUGACAUGGAAUUUGCUAACAGCCCACAUGGAAAACGCAUCUACGACGCACACAUCGUGAAUGAUAAUGUAGAAGAAGCCUAUGAUAAGCUAUUUGAUUUUCUCAAGGAUGAUAUUGCACUCACGUUAGAUGACGAGCGCCAGCAAGUUGCAGCUUCGAUUUUACUAGUAUGCACUUAUCCUUAUUUUUCCCUCCUGCACCAACUUUCUUGUGUUUCUGAGUGUCCAAUGCGCUAA